AUGCCAUCGUCAUCUCGACCACACUCGCCUAGCGAGAACCAUCAACCCCACAUGAACGGCGACUCGAACGCCAACGGCGAUGUUGCUGCCCAAGCCUCGUCCUCGUCCUCGUUCGCCUCGGCUUCGGCAUCGACUUCAAACGUACCCGCAGAGCCAUCAGAGGAGGAUAAGCAGCAAGCACAACAGUACAAGACGCAGGGAAGUCAGCACUUUUCGAGCAAGCAAUACUCCAAAGCCAUCGAUGCAUUUACGAGCGGAUACGAGCUCGACCCCACCGACUCGACUUUCCUCACCAACCGCGCUGCCGCAAAGAUGAGUCUCAAGAUGUACAAGUCGGCGCUCUCGGACUGCCAGCUCGCCAAGGAUAUCCAAGCCAGACAGUCGCCGGAUGGUGUUGCGCAGCCCAAGACGCUUAUCCGCCUGGCUAGGUGUCACCUCUACCUCGGCAACCCGUCUGGUGCGCUCUCGGUGCUCAACCCGGUCGUCUCUGCUGCCGGUCUCGAUGAUGCCACACUAAAGCAGGCUGCGCAGCUGCAGAAGCAAGCCAACAGCGUGGCCGACCACCUCGCCUCGUUUCACAGCUUGUCCGCCCAAGGCGACUGGUCCGUGGCAGGUUUUGCGCUCGACCAGGCGCAGUCCUACGCCGGCCUCUCGGAGAGCGACGUUCCCCUCACGUGGAGGAUCAUGCGUGCCACUGUUCUCUUGCACAAGAACAACCUCGACCAGGCCAACAGCGUCAUAGCAGACGCGCUGCGCGCCGACUCGAGCAACCCGGAGGCGCUCCUCGUGCGUGCACGCAUCCUUCUUGCCAAAGGUGAGACUGCCAAAGCGGUCGCGCAUUGCCAAGCUGCGCUGCGUUCGGAUCCUGAACAGUCAGGUGCCAGAGAUUUGCUCAAGAAGUGCCGUCGUCUGGAAGCCAAGAAGGAGGAAGGAAACACGGCGUUCAAGCAAGGAGACCAUGCCGCGGCUGUGGAGCGUUUCACCGAAGCUCUGGCGAUUGCCGACGAGAACGCGGAACGCGACGGACCGGCACAAGGCUUCAAGGCCAUCCUGUACUCGAACCGUGCCACUGCCAACUCGAAGAACGGUGACCACACGGCCGCGAUUGCCGAUUGCGAUGCGGCGCUCCGACUGGAUUCAGGCUACGUCAAAGCGCUGCGCACGCGUGCACGCGCCCUGCUCGCGACCGAACAGUACGAAGACGCGGUGCGCGACUUCAAGAAGGCGCUCGAAGAGGCUUCGGUCAGCGGAGGCAGGGAAGCCGAGCAGCUGCAGCGCGAACUGCGCUCCGCCGAGAUCGACCUCAAGCGCAGCAAGCAGAAGGACUACUACAAGAUCCUCAACGUCGCCAAGGACGCCAACGACAGCGAGAUCAAAAAGGCCUACCGCAAAGAGUCGCUCAAGCACCAUCCGGACAAGGGCGGUGACGAGGAAAAGUUCAAGCUCUGCAGCGAGGCGUACAACGUGUUGAGCGACGAGAACAAGCGCAGGCGCUACGACGCCGGUGCGGAUGAUCUCGAGAACGACGGCAUGGCUGGAUUCCCGGGCGGUGGAAUGGGUGGUUUUGGCGGGCCAGGCGGCGUGGAGAUCAAUCUGGCCGAUCUGUUCGGUGCUGGUGGUGGGAUGGGCGGAGGUGGAUUCCCCAUGGGUGGUAUGGGCGGCAUGGGUGGAGGAGGCUUCCCAGGCGGCGCUAGAAGGGGCGGCGCUCGCCCUCCACCUGGCUUCCACUUUGGUUGA